CGACUAGAUACCGAGGAGUGACGGAUCAGGAUGGGAGGGGUGACCUCGAGUGUGGCGGCGAAGAUGGCCUUCUUCCCGCCGACGCCGCCGUCGUACGCGCUGGUGGAGGACGCCGGUGCGGGGGUCACCACGCUCAGCGGCCAGCCGCACCGGGAGAACGUCGAGUUGCUGCGCUUCCGCACCCGCAAAGGGAACACGCUGGCGGCGAUGUACGUGCGCCACCCGGACGCCGCGUCCACGGUGCUCUAUUCCCACGGCAACGCCGCGGACCUGGGCCACCUCUACCAGCUCUUCCUGCAUCUGUCCUUCAACCUCCGCGUUAACAUCCUCGGGUAUGACUAUUCAGGAUAUGGGCAAUCAUCAGGAAAGCCGAGUGAACACAAUACUUAUGCUGACAUAGAGGCAGCUUACAAGUGCCUCAUAGAGAAAUUUGGUGCCAAGGAAGAAGAAAUAAUUCUUUAUGGACAAUCUGUUGGAAGUGGGCCUACUGUAGAUUUGGCCAGUCGUUUAUCUCAGCUGCGAGCUGUUGUCCUGCAUAGUCCUAUAUUGUCAGGGCUGAGAGUUAUGUAUCCUGUGAAGCGCACAUAUUGGUUUGACAUCUACAAGAAUAUUGAUAAAAUCCCUCAAGUUACAUGUCCUGUGCUCAUUAUACAUGGAACUGCUGAUGAAGUGGUGGAUUGGUCUCAUGGUAAACAACUUUGGGAACUUUGCAAAGACAAGUAUGAGCCCUUAUGGCUCAGGGGAGGAAAGCACUGUGAUUUGGAGCUCUUUCCGGAAUACAUCCGGCACCUCAAGAAUUUUUUCCACUCACUAGAGAAAUCGCCAUCCCAUAGGCAAGCAUGGAGGGAGAAUGUGGACCGGAUUGAACCCUCGCGGAAGAGCACUGAUUUCUUUGAACCCUCGCGAAAGAGCACAGACCAAAGGAAAAAAUCAAGGUCAACUCGAGAUAAGACGAGAAACACUGAACAUAGAUAUAGCAACGUCGAGAAGGUAGACAAGCUAAAGAUAUCAUUUGAUCAGUUCGAGAAAUCCAGGAGAAGUGUUGAUAUCUUCGAGAGGCCAAAGAGGAACAUUGAGCAGCUGGAUUGUGGCCGGAAGAGUGUCGACAGAUUGGACAGGAUCUGGGCUAGUUAAUUCCUUUCUUUCACAUGAUAUACAGGUUGGGCUUCGGUUGUUUUGGGGGAUUUUACAGGUGUGGCGUUAAGAGUUGAUUCACCGACACUAAAGGAGCCAAGCGUCGUUGACGAGGCUUCGUGUAGAUGUGAUGGCUUGUGUGGUGGGAGAAGUGUAUGUUGUUGGUCUUCAAAAAAAUUGUUAUCUGGUCUUAAACUAAAUGACACUGGGGAGGAGUCCAUGGCAGCAUUGUGUAUAAUCUAAUGCUUUGGAUCAACGAUGUUUUUUUCUUCUAUUUCAUUGAAUCGAACUUUUCCUUC